AUGAAAUAACUUAAAAUAAAUAAUCAAUACUUUACACAAAAGAGAAUUUCGUAAGGAUCAUUUGGCGUCGUUAUGUAAGGGUAUGAUUAAAGGAAUGGUAAAAUGGUGGCCAUAAAAAUAGAAAGACCGGAAAAUGAACAUCUGCAUUCAUUAGAUCGAGAGGUGGAAAUUUUAUCAAGGUUAUAAAAUAUUAAGGGAAUACCAAAAUUACUGUAUUAUGGAACUUAGGAGAACUAUAAUACAAUAGUGAUGGAAUUGCUUUAAAAAGACAUGUCCUCCAUACUAAAGCAAAGGAAAAAAAUUAGUUUAAAGUCUAUACUUUAAAUCACAAUUUAGCUACUAUCAAUUCUCGAAGAAAUACAUAAAUAGGGUGUGCUGCAUAGAGAUUUGAAACCUGAAAAUAUAAUGUUGGAUGAAUAGAAUGCUAUUUAUCUAAUAGAUUUUGGGAUAAGUAAAAUAUUUUAACGAAAAAAUGGAGACCUAAUGUAAAUAUAAUCAUUUAAGACAAGUCCUUUUAAGGAGAAGGUGCCUUUUGUUGGGACUGCUCGCUAUGCAUCUAUUGCAGCUCACAAAGGACAAGAAUUAAGUCGAAAGGAUGAUAUCNUGAAAUAAUUAGGGAUUUAAAUUUUAUUUAAAUAUUGCUGA